CCUCGCUUGAAAGACAACAAUACAAGAGGUAGAAGAUUGCUUGCAUCAAAUUCAAAGCCAAUGAACAAUGCUACUCCAAGAACUAUAAAUCCACUCCAUUGGAAGGAUAAUGGACAUGAAUCAAUCAUCUCUCUAGGCGCAUACACUAAGAAAUUAAAACACUCGAUUAAACCACCAGAAUCAGAACUCUAAAAAUUACUAUAACACCCCUAACGAGUUGCAUGGCUGCAUAAACGAUGUGCUGGCUAUGAGGGACACACUAGUGAAGCGCUUUGAGUUUGAACCUGCGAACAUUGAGGUCCUAACCGAUGCACCCGGCUCAUCUUUGCCUUUGCCCACCGGUGCCAACAUCAAGCUGGCGCUGGCUCGCAUGGUGGAUGCAGCCAAAGCUGGGGAUGUUCUGUACUUUCACUACAGUGGACAUGGAACCAGGAUCCCUUCAAAGAAACGUGGCCAUCCAUUCCGCCAAGAGGAAGCAAUUGUGCCUUGUGACUUCAAUCUUAUCACAGAUUUGGAUUUUCGGCAACUGGUGAACCGGCUGCCUAGUGGCGCGAGCCUGACAAUCCUGUCAGACUCAUGCCACAGCGGCGGCCUAAUCGACAAAGAGAAGGAACAAAUCGGGCCAUCAUCAGUAAUCUCCAAAAGUGAAGCACCGAAAAAUUACACUUACACCCCAAAGACAAUUCCCUUUGAGUCCAUAUUGCAGCACCUUUCAUCGCUAACAAAAAUAAACACCACUGACAUUGGAACACACUUGUUAGAAUCCUUCGGUGAGGAAGCCAGCCUGAGGUUCCGGCUUCCCCUGCCGGAUCCUGAAUUGUCCACACCGCUUCGGGCGGACAACGGCGUUCUGCUGAGUGGCUGCCAGCCUGACGAGACAUCUGCCGACAUGAGGCCGAACGAAGUGAGUGCAAAGGCUUAUGGUGCAUUCAGCAAUGCCGUUCAGAUGGUUUUGAAGGAGAAUCCUGGUAUGAUAAGUAACAGAGAAGUUGUGAUUUUAGCUAGGAAGUUGCUUCAAUCACAGGGGUUUCAGCAGCAUCCUUGUCUCUAUUGCAGUGAUGAGAAUGCAAAUGCUACUUUCUUGUGGCAAAGUUAAUUAAAGCUCUGAGAUUGUUAUUGUUGAUUAUUUGAUGUGUGUGUCGGUGUGACUCUUGUUAUUGUUGUGUUAAUUUUUAUUUGGAAUAAGUGAAAACUGAAAAGAACUAUUUAUUCUUUUGCGAAAAUAUAUAUCAACUUGAGUUGUGUGAGACUUGUGCUUUGCUGCAUGAAGGCACCUCUAGACUCUCUGUAUUUCGUUCUACUUCUCAUAAAAUUGAUUUUGGGUGAAAUUAAUUAA